GGUUCUGCUUGUCUCAUCUGGGCAUAAGUUUGAUUCACUUUUAUGAUUGAGAGUCGGGAGUGUUUGGACUACUUUGGCCUUAAUGGUUGGUGCGUCGCUACGAUUACUGGCUAUCAGUCAUCGUGCAAUAGCUAGGUAAUCUAGUUUGGCUUGAAAAUGUGGUCAUUUCUGCUCUGUUCAGGUCCAUACUUCUCGAAGUCUGCAAUUAUUGGUGAUCAGAAUUAUUAAUCAUAUUUAUUUUUUUAAAUGAUAGCCAUUGUAUGGUUUUGUUGGUCCUGUUAUUAAUCUAUCUUUUUUGUUAUGUUACACAGAAAACAUGGGUGAUCUGAGGUGUACUUUGAAUACCUGUGUUGGUGGUAAAGUAGUCAGGGGGUCGCAGUCAAAAUACUUGAAUGGGGUCAUUGCAGAAAUUAAGGUAGAUCCAGAUUCCUUCACCUUUUAUGAGUUGAUGGUUAAUAUUAGGCAGAUGGGGUAUGGAAUAACAGAUUUUAAUGGAGUAACAGAAUACAUAACUGUGUUUUAUAGACUUCCAAUGCAUGACACGAACAAUGGAUUAGUUGAAUUGACUUCUCAUGAUGAUAUGCUUCAAAUGUUUGCAGUGCAUUCUGGUAGGAAGUAUAUAAUAAUUGAUGUAUAUGUCCAUUGUCCUAAUGUGGUAGAAUCUGACGAGGAUUGUGAGGAUCAGGUGGAGGUGAUAUGUAGAGAGACAAAUACUACUGUUGACCCUAGCUCCGUAACUGAAUUGGGAGGUGACUUAGACGUAGGAGGACACGUAGUGGAACACCUUCAUGGAGAUGGAGUUGAACACAUAGUUCAAGAAAGCUGUGAUGAAGAGGAAGUUCAACAUAUAGUUCGAGAAGGUGUGGAUGCAGAAGAAAUGGAUGAGGGUAGUGAUUCUGACUGUGAGUGGCAGCCCAAUGAUGAUAGUGAAAGUUCUUGUGGAUCUUUUAGUGGGAUAGAGGAGUCUUCUGACGAAGAACAAGAGGAGACCAUUCCUUUGGUAGGUUUAGGAAAUACCUACAACCUUGGGAGUAAAGGUGAUGAAGAUCUUAGUUCUGACAAUGACGAUAACAACUUGGGAGAGGACUAUGAUGAAGAUGGGAAACCUAUUUUUCUUGAGUUUAAAGAGAGUUACAUGAAGAACCCCCAACUAAUAGAGGGAAUGAAGUUUCCUAAUGUGCGGGUGUUUAGGAAAUUAUUGAGGGAAUACCACAUAAAGGAGGGGUAUACAUUCACAUUUUUGAAGAAUGAGUCUACAAGAGUGACUGUAAAGUGUGCACGUGAUUGUGGCUUUAGGCUUCAUGCCUCUCCAAUGUACGAUGAGAAAUCCUUUCAAAUUAAAAAGAUAACGCAAAUGCAUAAAUGUACUAGGAUUUACACUAAUAAUAAUGCAACCUCAUCGUGGCUUUCCCAAAAGUACAUAACCAAGCUGGUUGAUGCUCCUGAGACUAAAGUCAAAUCAAUGAAGAACAUAGUUAGGAGAGAGUGGCUGAUAAAUGUUUCACAUACCAAAGUCUAUAGAGCAAAGAGAAAGGCACUUGAGCUAAUUCAAGGAGAUCAUAGAAAACAAUAUUUGAGGUUGUGGGACUACUGUGAGAUGAUUAGGAUACAGAACCCAAAUAGUGUGACUAAACUGAAUGUUGAAAAACCCUUGCCUGGUGAAGGUCCAGUGUUUCAGAGAAUGUUCAUAGGUUAUGAUGCACAUGUGAAAGGGUUUUUAGCUGGUUGUAGACCUAUAAUUGGGUUAGAUGCAUGUUUCUUAAAAGGGCCAUUUGGAGGUCAAUUGAUGCAUGCAACUGCAAAGGAUGCCAACAAUCAGAUGUUUCCUUUAGCAUUUGCUGUUGUUGAGGCUGAAACAAAAGACAGCUGGACUUGGUUCAUGGAAAAUCUAACCGACAUGAUAGGGAAUCCAGAGCAAAAGGGUUGGUGCUUCAUCUCUGAUAGGCAGAAGGGUUUGACAGAAACAUUUGCUCAAAAGUACCCUAAUGUAGAACAUAGGUACUGCAUUAGACACAUGUACUCAAACUUCAAUAAACUGUACAAGGGUAAAGAGUGGAAAGAUCUCAUGUGGGGGGCUGCAUCAGUUUACACAGUGCAGGAGUUUGAGGAGAGGAUGAAUGAAAUUAAAGAGAUUGAUGAAACUGCAUAUGAAUGGUUGAUGAGAGAAGAACCAACAACAUGGGCUAGGUGCAUGUAUAGUACAAGGUCUAAGUGCAAUAGAAUGGAUAACAACACAAGUGAAGCUUUUAAUACAGCAAUCAAAGAUGCAAGAGACCAACCAAUUCUGACCAUGGUUGAAAGUAUUAGAAGAUACCUAAUGACAAGGUUGCAAACUAGACUUAAGUUGUGUAUGGGCUGGAAUGGUAAUAUAUGUCCAAGGAUUAGUAGGAGAAUUGAAAGAACCCAACAACUAAUGGGGGAAUCUGAGGUUAUGUAUAGUGGUGGCACCAUAUUUGAAGUCAUUUGUGUACCUAGGAUCUAUGUGGUGGACAUAGGACAGAAAACAUGCACUUGCAAGAAAUGGGAUGUCAGUGGGAUACCAUGUGCACAUGGAAUGGCUGCAAUCAUAACAGAUAAAAGUGAUCCUGAAGAUUAUGUUGAUCAGUGCUUUCAUCAAAGUACUUUUGCAAGGACAUACAGCUUCACCAUUAAACCAAUUCCAGACCAAACAAUGUGGGUUCGUACAGACUUUGAUCCAAUCAGCCCUCCUCCUUUUAGGGCAAAGAGUGGUAGACCCAAAAAAAAUAGAAGGAAGGGCCCUGAUGAGCCAAAAACUACUUCAAGUGGAGUGAGGAAGUAUUACACCACCCUAAAGUGUGGACAAUGCAAGCAGCCAGGUCACAAUGCGAGAACCUGCCCUCACAAGUCAACAAACAGCACUGGUGAACAAGUAUGGUCACUCUGUUUUUUCUUUUGUCAAGAUUACAUUAAUAAUUUGUGA